GUAUCCCUUACUUCUCAGCGUGAGAAAUGCGGUGUUGUGUGAGAGCGUGAGAAAUUGGUGAAAUGCGUGUCUCACGGCAAAUGCGUGAGACUGAGAGCCCUGUCAAUGUGUAUUGUCCAUGUAGAAUUGCAGAAUUGUAGAGGUCAGGAUAUAGCCUACAGACACUUUGUGGAUACAACAAACGACACAAUACUGUAUUAAUGUACCUUUCUAAAUGUUAACACAUUUGAAAAAAUACAAAUUCAAAAAUGAUUUAACCUAAUCCUGUUUCUUUCAAGUAUCUGUUACGUGUGAUCUGUCCGACAUGGUACGUGCGUUCAGUUUCAUUAUGAUGAGUCUCGACCAUUAUAAAAGCACUGUCACGUGAUAUUUGAGUAUCAUUUUUGAAAUCUAUAGCAAUGACCAAUAAAUCUACCCUAAUCAUGCAGUGAGUCAACAAGCUCUGACUCAGGAGUUUUCCGGGAAAAUACCGUGGUUACAUGACAGUAAGGCACAGUGAUAGGGCUUUUCCGUUCUUGAUUGACUCGUUAUUUAAAGGUCCAAUGUUUUUGUAUACAGGAUAUAGAAAGGCACAGUCUACCGAAGAAUGAAGUCUGUUAUUUUAUUUUGCUUACUGUCGAAAGCGUUGUCGUUCAACGUCGUGGCGAAUGGAGACACGACGUCGGUCUUCGGCGAAGCCUCAUCGUUCAGCUGCAACCUUGCGGAUUCGACAGGUGUUCUACAGGUAACUUGGCAGAGGUUGUUUUCAGACGACUCCGUGGAGACCUUGGCAACAUUUAGUAAACGAUUUGGAACGCAAAUCAUCGGCCCACACCAAGGCAGGGUACUUCUCACCAAGGCAUCUCUCAACUCAACGUCUAUAAUCGUAAAGAACGUAACAUGGAACGACGAGGCUUGCUACAUUUGUAGCUUUAAUGUGUAUCCCAGUGGAUCUAUACGGAAGCAGACCUGCCUCACUGUACAAGGUAUAUCUGAAGUGAAAACCGCAAAGUCACAGACUCCCCCUCACCUUAAGACAGGCACAGAAGUUGUAGUGUCAUGCUCAGCCACGGGAAAACCAGCUCCUGUUAUCACCUGGAUUACGUCAGCCAACACAGAACCGAGCCAGGGAACAGUUUUGAAUGCCGACCAAACAGCCACCACUACAAGCAACCUCACUCUUCGCCUGUCGCCACAGUCAGGGGGCUUUGUGGACUGUCUUGUAAACAAUGGGACGAAAGGACAAAAGCAUGAGAGGAUCCUGCUGCCCAUCAUCCAUGAAGGGCAGACAGAGAAUGACAAGGAUGACGGCCGGUUUCAUGGUGGGAUUGCAUUGACAAUCAUCCUCUGCGUUCCUUUUCUCUUGCUCAUUUCCUAUGUCAUAAAGAGGAUACUAAAAGGUCAAUCUGUAUCAUUUUGUGUAAAAGGAAAAGGAAUUGUGUAAACAUGUGUUCAACUCAUCUAAUAGGCUACAACUGGAUGUGAAAUGUACUAAUCUAAUAGUAGUGUUUGCAGUGUUUACGUACCUUUGUGUGGAUAGAUAGAAGUUUUAAAUAAGUAAAUAACUAUAGGUUAUUGGGUGAAUACAUUUAUUCAUUGAUAUUGGACACAGUGAUGCAGCCUGGCUACAGAAGAUGUUUUCAUCAUCUGUCACCCUCAACCAGGUAACCAAGACAACGAUUCAACAGCUCUCCCUUGUGGCAAAUAAAUGUAAUAAUCGCCUCAGAUCUGAGUUUUAAAAUGUUUAGCAUUUGAUUAUAUCGAGGCAAACUGUUAUUAUUUUACUGUUUACAAUUGAAAAUGUUGAAUUCUCAUUUCUAAUUCAAAAAUCAACAUGAUUGGCACUUUUUGCACUUUAUUUACACUGUCAUGUCAUUGCAUGAAUAGUUUCAUAUUACCUAACAUGUCUUCAAAACAUUUUAGUGCAGUGUAGUUUACUUUAAUUUAAGAUUCUUAUAUUUUAAUGUGCAAUGUGCUCCUGUUUUUCCUUCGCAUAUUUAAAAUUAUAAAUGUUUUCAUUGUAAA